AUGACAAUACCCAAGUCAAUAAUCCAAUUCAAAGCAUUUUCAACAGAUCAGAAUCAAGAGAAGAAAAUGAUUGAAAAUCGCACUGAAGUAAUAUCCGCAUUCCAUAUCUUGGAGCAUGUAAGAGAAAUUAUCAAUUCGAAUUUUAGAGAGAAUUGGGCUGGGAUCUUGACUACGCAUUUUGGUAAAACUGAUGUCUUCUGGGGCAAGUUAUCUACUAAUAAGGACGGUCAUUACUACUACGCCAUGAAUACAAAGGGCGGAAUGAUAAUUGCCACCGAUUCAAGGUCACCCUACUUUACUCAACAAUCAAAGGCAAAAGUAGCAGACGAGCCAGUAGAUAAAAUAUCAAUAACUACACUCCAGACAUGGUCCGAUAACCUAUCUCUCAUGACACCACAAUUAAUCAAAGAGAUUCUCAAAGAAGAAAAAAUAACAUGUCCACCAGAUGGAUUGAAAAUCGAUACUAAUGAUUCUAAAGGAUAUGAAGCCGCAAUUUUGGGAACACCAAAUGGAAAAGGUAUUGGAUGGUUACUUGCGCAGCAUAAGAAUCAACUUGGGAAUCCGAAGAUACUUGGAUUUUGUAAUUGUUAUCUGGAUACGGGAGAAUUGGUUGGGGAAAGGGGGAAUGUGAGGGGUGAUGAUGAUACUAGUGAGCAUCUUAAUUUGAACUUUACUAUACGGUGUGAAUGA